UAUGUGUGUGUAAUGGACAAUGGUGACCUCUCCUUGCAAUGCAAUUAUUUUCAACCUACUUCUUAAUUUAAAGAAUGAAAAAGCGGCCAAGUGCGAUUCGGACUCGCCCAUGAAGGGUUCCGUACCAUUUAUGACGUAUUAAAAAAAACUACUUACUAUAUCUCGUCCAAACCAAUUUUCGGUGGAAGUUUGCAUGGUAAUGUAUAUCAUAUAUUUCUUUUAGUUUUAUCAUUCUGUUAUUUUAGACGUUACAGGGGGGGGACAAAAACACAUUUUACCACUUUGGAAGUGUCUCUCGCGCAAACUAUUCAAUUUAUAAAAAAUAUAUAUUAGAAACCUCAAUAUCAUUUUUGAAGACCUAUCCAUUUAUACAACACACACACACAGUAUGAGGUUCUUCAAAAAAGGAGUGUACAGAUUUUUAAAGGGUCGGCAACGCGCAUGUAACACAUCUGGAGUUGCAGGCGUCCAUAGGCUACGGUGACUGCUUACCAUCAGGCGGGCCGUAUGCUUGCUUGCCACCGUCGUGGUAUUAAAAAAAAAAAAAAAAACAAUUAUUCAUUAUUACAGUAUUUUUUUUAAUACGUCAUAAAUGGUACGGAACCCUUCAUGGGCGAGUCCGACUCGCACUUGGCCGCUUUUUUCUAAUAAUUUUCUGGUAUUUUACGUGGAGUUAGGUCUGCGUGAUCUGUAUCAUUUUUCCACUUUCCAAGGAUUCGAUUCUUAUUGAGUACCGAACCCAAGUACCUACUACGCCCAUUUAAUCAGUCAGAUGAUUUUGCGUGCUUCUUUGUCUAAGAUAUUAUUGCAAGUAACUAUACUGCACGAGAAACCUAAAAGAUCGUUCUUUUGAAAUGUAGACGAGCUCUUGCUUAAAUGAUAAUUUAAAGCCCAAAUAUUUCACACUACUUUUUCCAAUUAAUUCAAUAUGUUAAUAAGGAGCAUACGUACGUAAAGAAUUCAAAUGAGUUAAUGAGCUCGAUCUAUUUUUUCGCGAUCCUGGCGAGGAGUCAGUUAUUUUGUCGUCGUACGUAUAAGAGGCGAAGGAACCACGGCGCGCAUCCACAUACAGCCUCGCCGAGACCUUGUGCGCUACGCAAGGACACUCGCAGCCCCCACGAAAAACGCCCACAACCAAUCCAACGCGCCCGCGGGAAAGUUCACUUUGAACUUAGAACUAAGUUUUCUUAAAAAAAAAUAAAGAUUUUUUUUGUUUUGUUUCUAAAAGUUGCCAGUUAUUUUUAUCAUAAAGUUUCGUAGUUUAGAAACUUAUUGAUCUGACAGAAUAGAAGUGACAGUGAGUUCAGUGUUCGGGGUGAUAAAGGUUGACACGUGGGUGUUGGAAACGAUGUAUUUUUGAGAACUAUCAUGGAAACAAGCCUUGGGAUGCAUAAGUUCUUACCUUUUCUACUGCUCGGUCUCUUCAUCAAAACAACUUAUACAAACAAUGUUUCGAUAUCAGAAGACGUACGUCAUCCGAGAGUAAACGGGCGAAUAGUUAAGCUAUAUUCUGGCAUUAAACCAGAACCAAUCUUGUGUACUGGUGAAGGUUUUCAAGAGGAUCCGGUCGACUGUGCCGUCUUCUACAGAUGUGUGGAGGGAGCUAACAACAAAUACACCGUUUUCAGAUACCAAUGCGGACCUGGCACAGUCUACGACCCCGACACAGAGAUAUGCAACCACCCCAAAAGUACAAAAAGGAUUAAUUGUGGUGGUUAUGCAGCACCACUCACUGAAUCUGUCAACGAAAAUGAAAUAGAUGGAUCACGUGGAGAAAUACCAUCUCCAAUAAGCAUGAAACAAGUAGUAGAUCCUGAGAAAGUUAUCAAAGCUGACGCUUCGACUAUUUCAACCCAAAAGAUUUGGUCUUCAACCGAUUACAAAAGUACACCAAGUGCAUUUACAACCCAUUCAGGGACAACCACGAUAAAGCAGCAUCUUAGAGCAACGAGAUCCCCUAUGCCACGUCAGCCGACCUCAGAAAGUGGAGAACCAUGCACAUCUGAUGGAUUUAUGGGUGACAGUGAAAAUUGCCGAAAAUUUUACAGAUGCGUUGGAAAUGGGCGAGGUGGGUUCAUCAGAUAUGAAUUUUCUUGCAGUGAAGUAACGAUUUGGGAUGAUGAGACACAAGCAUGUAAUCACGCAUGGGCAGUCAAAAAGAGAAGAUGUGGGCGAGGCAGUCCAGAUGAUGAAAAUAAAACCAACAAAUCUGAUUUUACUACUGCAGACAAUGAAAUCAAUUCAGAACAAACUAUUCAAUCACAAUUACAAGUAGCUUAUGGCUCUAAAGUUAAUCAAGUACAGACACAAAUAAGCAAAGGUUCAGUGAUACAAAAUCAAACACAAAUAUAUAAUGGUGAACGAGUAAAGGAAAAGCCUUAUAGUUCCCACACAAAACAAAACCAAACUCAAAUAUCACAUGGCUCAGCUGUAAGUCAGACACAGACACAAAUUAGUCACGGUAAUAAAGGAUCCCAAACCCAAUUGCAAAUCGACCAUUCUAAAGAAUCUAGUCAAAGUCAAACACAAAUACAUGAAACAAACAUCGAUCAAACUGCUACUUCUUCAUAUGACGGAGAAACAGAGCGGCCAAACUAUGAGAAACCAGUGACUGGGAAUGAAAAUAACGAAUGUACUGAAAGUGGCUUCAUAGGAGACUCGGACGAUUGUAAGAAGUUCUACAGGUGCGUUGACAAUGGAAAAGGUGGAUAUAUAAAAUACGAAUUCACUUGUGGAGACGGGACCGUAUGGGAUCCUAAUGCAGAAGCAUGCAACCAUGAGUGGGCUGUAAAGGACUGUACAAAUAAAUCACCAUCACAAACACAGGCCCAAAACAGCAAAACUACCACAACAACAACAACAAGAAAAUCUACCACAAUAGAAACAAUUCCCGAAGAAGAUGAAGAUGUCGGGUAUGGUGGUCAAAAUCAACAAUCGUCUCAAACAACAAUGCACCAAGAUAAAACGUCGACAAGUACGGAAAGUAGUAUAGCUACACAAGUUACUGAGGGUAACCAUGUCUCAAGUUCCACUAGUGCAUCCGGUGAAAAUGUUUGUAGUUCGAGUGGAUUUAUGGGUGACACUCAAGACUGCAAUAAAUUUUACAGAUGUGUUGAUAAUGGUAAUGGUGGUUACACUCGAUAUGAGUUUACAUGUGGUGAAGGUACGGUGUGGGACUCAAAUUUGGAAGCAUGCAACCACGCUUGGGCAGUUGAGAAGUGUGGUAAAGGAACGCCAGAUAAAAAUACUCAAGGUACAACCACAACAACUAACAACAUAAUGCAAGGCGCAGAAAUUGAUAACGGUUACCCAUCACAGAGUGACAAUAAUGUCGACCAACCAGACCAGAAACCAACAGAAGCCAUAAUGUCGAGUACAACAAGCACAGUGACAUCAGCUUCUCCGACAACAUCGUCACCAAAUAGCAAAACUUGCACAUCGAGUGGAUUUAUGGGUGAUAAAAAUGACUGCAAAAAGUUUUAUAGAUGCGUUGAUGACGGCAAAGGUGAUUAUAUUCGUUAUGAAUUUACAUGUGGCGAGGGUACUGUUUGGGAUCAAAGUAUCGAGUCAUGUAAUCAUCCAUCAAAUAAUAACAAAUGUACAGGAAGUGACACAGCAACCCAAGAAACUGAAAACGAAGGAACAACUCAAUCAUCAUCUACUGCACAAAGUGAUAGUGGUACAGAAGAAAAAAAUCAAUCCACUACUACCGCAUCUACUGGAAAACCAGCACAUAAACCAACACCCAAUAAAGACUCUUGUACAAAAGAAGGAUUCUUUGGCGAUACAAUGAACUGCAAAAAGUUUUACAGAUGUGUUGAAAAUCAGCAAGGUGAUUUUACUAAGUAUGAUUUUACAUGCGGAGAAGGCACAGUAUGGGAUCCAGAAAUUGACGCCUGCAACCAUGAAAGCUCUGUAAAAAAAGGAUGCAGUGCUCUAACCGAUGGUGAUGAAACACAACAGCAACCAGCAAGCAAUGAAAAUGCUGAGAGUAGUACAUCGCAGCCGAGUAUAUCAAGUACAUCAGAUACUACAGAAAAGACUGAACAGACCCAAAAUCCAUCUAAUAACGCCUGUGAGUUUGAAGGAUUCUUUGCCAAUUCAGCUGAUUGCAAGAAGUUUUAUCGGUGUGUUGAUGAUGGUAAAGGAGGCUACACUAAAUACGAUUUCAGUUGCGGUGACGGUACUGUAUGGGACCAACAGUCACAAACGUGUAAUCAUGAGUCAGUUGAGAAUAAAUGCUCAGUAACUUCUGAAACAAACGCGUCUGAGAACCCUCCGCCAGAAUCUGGAAGCACUACACAAACCACAGACUCUAAUGAUUCAACAAUAUCUACGACUAAACGCCCUAAUAAUGAACAAUCUAAUAACAAAGAUCAAUGUGAAUCGGAAGGAUUUUAUGCUAAUUCAAAUGACUGUAAGAAGUUUUACCGAUGUGUAAGCAAUGAUAAGGGAGGGUACACGAAAUACGAUUUUACUUGUGGAGAAGGUACGAUUUGGGUACAAGAAAUACAGGCAUGCGAUCAUGAUAACGAUAUGUCUAAUUGUAGUUCUCAAGAUACUGCUUCUACUAUACCCAGUUCGCAAAAUGGACAAGAUGACCAACCUACCACAAAAGCUUCUACCACUACAACCAAGUCCUCUUCCGAGACGGAAAAUAAUGAAACGUCAAGUGAUUGUUCCAAUAAUUCAAGUUCCAGUUCGAAUAAUUCACAGUCAAAUGAAUGUAAAAAUGCAGGAUUUUAUCCCAAUAAAAAUGAUUGUAAAAAGUUCUACCGAUGUGUUGACAAUGGGCAAGGAGGGUACACGAAAUAUGACUUCACUUGCGGCGAAGGCACUGCUUGGGAUUCGGAUAUGCAAGCUUGUAAUCAUGAAAAUCAAGUCAAAAAUUGUCAAGGUUCACAAGGAGAAAACCAAUCAGAACAAGGACCUACUGAACAAAAUUCUUCUCAAACAACAGAAGCAACCAGUACAACCACUCAAAUAUCGACAACCGAAUCUUCAAAUGAAAACAAACCACAAAACAGUAACAAUAAAUGUGAAAAUGAAGGGUACUUUGGCGACAGCAGUGAUUGCCAAAAGUUUUACAGGUGUGUUGAUGACGGUAACGGUGGUUUGACAAAGUACGAUUUUACGUGUGGCGAAGGCACGAUUUGGGAUCAAGAUAUACAAACGUGCAAUCAUCCAGGUGAUGUCCAAAAUCCAUCGUGUAAUAAUAGCACAACUACCACAUCUACAACUACUGAAGCCUCAAGUGAGUCAUCUUCAACAACUACUACCAGAUCACCAACAAGCUCUGAUUCGUCAUCAUCCUCGUCAACAACUGAAAGCUCAUCGGACUGUUCUCAAGGUUCCACGCAAAAACCUCAAAAGUCACAAGUGAAUUGCACUAAAGCAGGAUUUUACGCUGAUCCUGAUGACUGUAAGAAAUUCUAUAGGUGUGUAGACUGGGAUAAUAAUGCUCAAAGGUUUUCGGUUUAUUAUUUCGAAUGUGGAGAGGGUACGAUAUGGGAUCCAGAACUGGAAACAUGUAACCAUGCAGAUUCUGUAUACCCUCCUCGUGACUGUUCUGGGACUCAAAAUCAAAAUACUGAGGAAUCUACGACAACAACUACUACUACCAGUACUACAACUGGAAAAUCUACAACUCAGGAAUCAACGACAACUGAAGGCUCAACAACGCAGCAAUCUACAACUGAAUCAUCUACUACACAAGAAACAUCAACGACUGAAGAAAGUACGACUGAGCAAACUACUACUGAAAAAUCCACAACUACGGAAAAAACUACAACCCAACAAUCUACUACAGAACAAAGUACUACUGAGAAAUCAACAACCACUGAAAAAAGUACUACUGAAAAAAGCACUACUCAAUCUAGUACUACAGAGCAAACUACUGAACAAUCUAGUACUACAGAGCUGUCCACUACAGAAAGUAGCACCACUGAUCAGACGAGUACUACAGAGCAAUCUACAACAGAACAAUCUAGUACCACACAACAAUCAACUACCAGUGAGGAAACUACAACGGAACAAUCCACUACUGAGCAAUCUACUACGACAACUGAGCAAUCUACUACGACAACUCAGCAAUCUACUACGACAACUGAGCAAUCUACUACGACAACUGAACAAAGUACCACGGAAGGAACAACUGAAAGUUCUACAGACCAAUCAUCAACUACGGAAGAAUCGACCUCACAAGAAUCAAGUACAACUGAACAGUCAAGUACAUCUACUACAGAACAAAGUUCUGAGAGCACUACAACAGAGGAUAAUCAGGAAUCUACUACUGAGAGCAGUUCCUCAAGCUCAAAAGAUUGUCCAGAAACGGAGGAUGAUCAAUACCUUUACGUAUGCCCAACGUCAUUUAAGCGGCAUCCGAAGUAUUGUAAUAUGUUCUAUCAGUGCACUGAAGAUAAUGAUACCCAUGACCUUGACAUAGCUGUUUUCAAGUGUCCUAAUGACACAAUUUAUGAUGAGACUAAAAAUCAAUGUGUUGAAGAGAAAAAUGCUGACAAGAAAUGUGAAGGCGAGAAAGCUGAAAGGCGAAGAGUAAAACGUCUAGGAGUCAGCUAUAAAGAACCGAUUGUCGCAAGCAAGGAACCUCUUACUUGUCCAUCAACGGGCCACUUCCCAUUCGAGAAAACUGAAUGUUCUCCGGCGUUUUUGAAAUGUGAUAAAACGAAAUAUGGCAAAUUGCGAGGUUAUGUAAACCAAUGUCCCGAUGGCUACGUCUAUUGGUCAGUAAGCAGAAGAUGUGAAGCGAAGUAUAAAGUAAGAGAUUGUAAGAAGACGACUAAUGACUGGAGCGGACGAUGGGAUAUACCAAUAGAUAGAAGUAACGUUGCAAUAUAAGAUAAUAAUACAUAAAAAAAUGUAUAAAAUGACGACAAUAACAAACCAAUCUACCUUGUCUACUUGCAUUUGUGCAAUAUUCUAACUGUCUAGUUAAAAACUGUAUAUAAGUAGGUCGUUACGGUACUCUUGUGCCUUAGGGGUACUAGGAAUUUAAUAAGUAUUUGCAUUCACAGCAAAGACGUUUCGGUAAAUUGUUCGUAUGUAAGUCUCUAGUCUCAUAAAAAUGAAGGAAAACAUUUAGACGUCAAUAUAUUUUGCUGCCAUAAUUUUAAGUCGAGGGUGAACUUGUGGUCAAAAUAUUGUCACAUGUAACAUUAUUUUGAGCACGACUUGUGUUUAUAAUAGGCUAAUAAAUGACUAUUUUGUAAGUGA